UCGGCGUGUAUCGGUGGAAUAUUUUUAUUUUGGAUUAUCCGGGUUUGAAAGCCCUUUCCCAAAAAAACAAAGCACGCGCCAACGAUUACGAGUUUAGGGUUUCAAAAUUAACUCGCCAUUGUAGUUGUAGAGCUUCUAUUUCGACUUCGAUUUCACUUCCAAUCAGCAUAAUGGAAUCCCCUGAGCCAAAAUCCAAGAAGAAAGCCAAAACCAAGAAGAAAAUGGAUACUGAACCACCACCUGAACCGGUUCAUGAAACGGUUCAAGCUAAGAUUGAAGUUGUCAGUUCCAAUCCAACCAAAAUGCCUCCUUUUGUUGGUUAUUUUACUUCUGGAUUUGAUCCGGUUAAGAGCUCUUCUGGUUCGACCGAUGUUCAAGUAUAUCGAAACAAGGUUAUGCAUAAGAGGACUGAGCUUGUUGUCAGCCCAGCUGGGUCCUUGGUUGAAUUUGUCGGAACGAGUUAUGAGGGAGAGGCUGCGGCCGUGGCCAGAAACCCCGCGACUUAUAUGCUUGGUGUCUUUGAUAAGGAAUCUCAGACGCUUAAGAUUGUGCCUAUUGGUGGUAAUAAGAUAUUCAGAUUGGAACCAAGAGUUAAAGGUGUGGAAUAUAAGGAGCCCACUCCGACUCCGACUAAGAUGGUGGAAGAGCUGACUGCGGAACAGUGGACAGAGAAAAAGCGAAAGGCUGAUGCUGCUUUGGGAACAAAGAAGUCAAAACAGAUGCUUAUCUGGCUUGAUGAAAUGACAGCAGAUGAAGAACCUGAAGCUAAAAAGAAUUUGGAUGAGAAAAUGAAAAAUGUUGAAGUAAAAGAAACUGCUCUUGCAAAUACAGAAGCUCACGUUACUCGCCAUAUACCACCAUAUAAUUCUUCUGCAACUACACCUCAGGAGGCUUAUGUAUUGGACAAAAUCAUCCUUGCAGACGAAUGGAAUUACCUUCAAGACAUUUAUUAUAGUUUGCAAAAGGAAGAAGCAGCAAACUUCAGUCUUUAUCCAUCUUUUAUUCGCAACAGGAUAAACAGAUUAAAGAAGAUUGAGGACGAUUCCGAAAAGAAGAAGCUUUCUUGCAUACUUUUAUUCAUUAAUUAUCUUGUCAAGUUUAAAGAUCAGCACUCCAUGGAUGGUAUUUCCUCUUCAAAGUUCGAGAAACUUCCCUACACUCUGCAUCAUAGAUUUACAGCAAUGUUUGAUGUUUCUGAAUCAAGAAGGCUGCCACCUGAAAAGCUGAAUCUUCUCAUUUCUUAUGUUUUGGUGCUCACACUUUUCUCUGACGAUUUCCGCACCGACUAUAGAGAUAUAGCAAAGGAUCUAAGGAUGACCACGCUAACGCUGAGACCAAUCUUUGAGCAUUUGGGUUGCAAAUUGAUAUCCUCUCAGAAGGUUUCCUAUGCCACACUUCCUAUCCCACUUACAUUUCCUCAGAUAAGGCAAAGGAAGAAGAAGAACAAGAACAAGUUAUGAUCACUUUCAUAGUCUGUUUUUGUUACUAUUGACUGUUGCAAAUCAAGUUGUUUGUCAGUCACUCUGAUGCAGUGAUGUCAAGUUUUAUUAUCCAACCCUAGGAGUUUUUGGAUAUAGUUUUUUUAUAAUCUGCACGUACAUUUGAACCAUGUCUGCUUUGUCUUUUGAUUUGGAAGUGAUUAAUACACUAAUUAUAAUUUAUUUUAUGAAUCAUACAUGAGAUAAAUAUUUGUUAUUGGUCAAUUAGUUUAGAGCAUGUGUAACCUUUCUUUUCUCUUGUAAUGAGAGAUUAUUAAUUCAAAACGAGAGGAUUAUAUCGAUACCUCAACUUAAAUUUUA